CUCUCUCUCUCGCUCUCUCUCUCUCUCUCUUCUUUUUCUUUCUCUAUCUCUCAAACUCAAACUGAAAACUUAAAACUCAAGUUUCAAUUCCAAUUCCUUCGGAGUUGGUUUCUUCUCUCGACGAACCAUCUCGAAUCCAUGAAAUGACGUAAAUGUACGUGAAUGUGAAUGUAGUGUUGUGCAGUUUCGAUUAAGAUCCAGAUUCAUGGGGAUUUGCUUCAGCAUUGAAGAACAAAAGCAUCUCACCGUCUCGGAUUCAAACGCAAAGCCUAAACCUGCAGGAUCAUUAGGUCAUGAAUCUGUCUCAUCCACGGCUCCAUUAGUCUCCAGUUCCAUGAAUAUCGUAGAUCUCCGUCAAAGCGCUGGAUACAGCAAUGUUGAUAUUUUCACGUACGAGGAGUUGAGGCUCGCAACCAAACACUUUCGUCCUGAUUUCAUUUUGGGAGAAGGUGGCUUUGGCGUUGUAUAUAAAGGAGUUAUAGAUGAUAGUGUGAGGUUGGGUUACAAGUCCACUGAAGUCGCCAUUAAGGAGCUUAAUCGCGAAGGAUUUCAAGGCGAUAGGGAAUGGCUCGCGGAAGUUAACUAUUUAGGUCAAUUCAGUCAUCCAAAUCUUGUCAAGCUCAUUGGAUAUUGCUGUGAGGAUGAACACAGGUUAUUGGUGUAUGAGUACAUGGCAAGUGGGAGCUUGGAGAAACAUCUUUUUCGCAGAGUGGGCUCAACAUUGACCUGGUCAAAAAGAAUGAAGAUUGCUUUACAUGCUGCAAAAGGGCUUGCUUUUCUUCAUGGUGCUGAAAGGCCUAUCAUAUAUCGUGACUUCAAGACUUCUAAUAUCUUGCUAGAUGCGGAUUUCAAUGCAAAGCUUUCAGACUUUGGCCUAGCAAAGGAUGGGCCAAUGGGGGACCAAACCCAUGUUUCAACACGAGUAAUGGGCACAUAUGGAUAUGCAGCACCUGAGUAUGUCAUGACUGGGCAUUUGACAGCUCGAAGUGACGUGUAUGGUUUUGGGGUGGUGCUACUUGAAAUGCUUAUUGGUAGGAGAGCAUUAGACAAGAGCAGGCCCAGCCGAGAGCACAACUUGGUUGAGUGGGCCCGCCCGCUGUUGAAUCAUAAUAAAAAACUUUUGAAAAUUUUAGAUCCAAAACUAGAAGGGCAAUAUUCAAGUAAAACUGCAUUAAAAGUGGCUCAUUUAGCAUACCAAUGUCUUAGCCAAAACCCGAAAGGCAGACCUCUGAUGAGCCAGGUUGUUGAAAUUCUUGAAAACUUCCAGUCAAAAGGGGAAAAUGAGGAAGAUCAAAUACUUCAAAGUGGUGGUAGCAGUAUAACCAUUUAUGAGGUUCCGAAGGGCAGCAAUGACCCUCCAACAUAGGGCUAAAGCCAUACUAAAAUAACAAGGUUUAUGGUAGCGAAUCUAGACGAUAAAAAAGCAGAAGCCAGCCUUCAAAUGCCUUAGUUCCUGACCAAAAAUUGUGCUCCAAGACAAGUCUUCUUGAAGUUGAAGUUUCACCAGUAAGGAUGGCAAUGAAAAUUUGUACAAAAUGUUGACAGGAGGAUCCGGUUGGUGUUUCCAGAGUUUGUUCGCUUUGAGCAGUAUGUGGCCCAGGCAAUUAUGUGGCUUAAGCAUUCUCUAUUGGUUCUCUUCCAAUUUUGAAUCAUCAGGACGUUGUUAAUGGUAUAUUUUAUAGAGUACUUGUCAAACAUUUUUCUUUCUUUCUUUCUUUCUUUCUUUUUUAACUACUUUCUGCGGUUUAAUUACUUUGUCAAACAU